CCCCUCAACCUCACAUACCCACAUCGAUAUCCCCCACACACAGACACGACACACAGGCAAGCCGAGCAUUGGCGGACGACGUCUGGGCGCGUUCUGCACGUUGUUUGCGACGACAUCCCGUAGUUACAUCUUUUGGUGGUGAGAAUAAGAACGGAAUCGUGCCCACGAGUGUAGCUCACUCUCGGCCUAGACCGUCCCGAGUGCAGCCGCUCCGCCGGCAGAAUAAUCCGGGAUCGGGGACUUGGUUAGGUGCUGAGAACGGCCCGCGGCGGCAGAUCCUCAAAGCGCCUCGGCCACCGGUGUUCAUAUCAACGGUGAUGGCCGAGAUCGUGAUGAGCCAAACACCCCCCCUCCUCAAAGGGCCGUCGGAGAAGGAGAAGAAGUACGACAGGCAGCUCAGACUAUGGGCCGCCAGCGGCCAGGCCGCGCUCGAGUCGGCAAAACUUCUGCUUCUCAACUCCGGCGCCGGCACCGUAGGCGUGGAAACCCUCAAGAACCUAGUUCUGCCAGGUAUAGGGAAGUUCACGAUAGCAGACGAGGCGGUAGUGGAGGAGGCCGACCUCGGCGUCAACUUCUUCCUUGAUGAGAGCUGUCUGGGGAAGCCCCGAUCCGAAUGCUGCGCCAGGCUCCUCCAAGAACUCAACCCCGAGGUUGUUGGGGAGUGGUUCCCGAAGGAACAGGGUACCCUGGAUCUGCGUGGCAUCCUCGAGACGUCGCCUCCCUUCACACUAAUCAUAUACACCUACCCUAUCGCGGAGGAGACUCUGGCAGCACUCGAAGCUUAUGCUAGUCGGCACAAGACCCCGCUUGUAUCCAUACACUCUGCAGGAUUUUAUUCGUAUUUCCGCAUCCGCUUACCGGGAACAUUCCCCGUAGUCGACACCCACCCCGAGGUAGACAAGACGACAGAUCUCCGCCUCCUGACCCCUUGGCCCGAACUCGUAGCGUUCGCGGCAGGCAUGACUAAAAAUAUCGACGCUCUAGACGACCACGAACACGGGCAUUUGCCCUAUGUUGUCAUAUUGCUCCACUACCUGGAGGAAUGGAGACAGGCGCAUGAUGGCCAGAACCCCCUCAAGUAUGAGGAUAAGAAGGAAUUCAGCAGAUUCGUCCUGAGCAAGGCGAGGAGCAGCUCGGAAGGCGGAGAUGAGAACUUCCAGGAAGCUGCGGCGGCCAUAAACAAGAAUAUCAAGGUCGCAGAACUAGAACCUGGAGUGAUAGAACUCUUCGAUCAUCAGGUGUCGGACGAGAUUGAGCACCAGUCGACCUUCUGGAUCGUCGCAAAGGCCAUCAAGGCAUUCUACCACAAGCAUGGUUGCCUCCCCCUGCCGGGGGCGCUGCCUGAUAUGAAGGCCCAGUCAAGUGUCUACGUCAAAUUGCAGAGCAUAUACAAGGACAAGGCUCGGAAAGACGCACAGGAGGUGCUGGAGACCGCGAGAGGUAUUCCGGGUGGCAACGACGUAGAUCCUGCUGAGGUCGAGCUCUUCUGCAAGAAUGCUCGCUUUGUAAAGCUCAUCAAUGCAACUCCGACCGGCGAAGAUCUCGAUUCACUCUUUGAAAGCGAGAAGGCCAACGACGAGGCGGCCGAGGCCAUGAAGGUUGAGACCGACGGGGCAUUCACUUUGCCAAUGUCUAACCUCUUCAUAUACCUCGCCCUCGUGGCCACCAGUCACAAUCCGACGGCAACCGAGGAGGAAAUCCUAAGUGUCAUCGCCAGUGUAUUACCAAAGGCUGCCGAGAACGAGAGGGUGUUGCAGGCCGCUCAGGAAGUCGCUCGAGCCGGCGGCGGCGAACUUCACAACAUCUCGGCGCUUACGGGUGGGAUGGCGGCGCAGGAGAUCAUCAAAAUCGUCACGAAGCAAUACAUCCCAAUCGAAAAUACUUGCAUAUUUGACGGCAUCAGCAGCCGGUGCCAGGUACUUCGGCUAUAACUUCGCGGCCCACCCUUGGAGAGGGUAAUAGCCAGCAGCAGAGGUUAUUCCCAUAGGCACAUCAUCCGCAGAUCCGGGUUAAUCAUGGGGAAGUUGGAGAAGUUGUGGGGACUUUAUAGGAGCCUGGACGCUUGGCGGACCUGACGAUACUACAUAUUCACACCACCCCCCAUUCUAGGUAGAGAGGGCAGGCAAAUAUCUCGGACCGCAGACCCUCUGCCGUAACCUCGAAAUCGCGGUCUGCGAUGCCUAUGUUAAGGGGCCUUCUAGGCCGACGAUGGAUCAACCGUAGCGUCGCCAACCACUACUUAGCAUCGUCUAGACCAGUCGGGUGAAAUGAAGAUGAGUUGUGCUGAAUCUAGAGUUGCAUAUCCUCGCGUAAGAGCACCGUUCGGAACUAGCUGGUGAUACCAAGUGGCUCGCCAUACGCCGGCUAGCGAGUAUGAUACGAGAG